AUGGCUUCGACCGCGGCAGAACUACGAAACGGCGCGCCUCCUGGAACUUUGAAGCCCAGACCGAAUCCAAAGAGCGGCGCGACGGAAAAUAACAAUGACGCAUCCGCGGCACCGGAGCUGCCCAUCGGGCCUCACCCUGGCAUUGUGACCGUUCCGGAACAGUACAUUUUCGAGCAAAAUAUUCGGCAGAUGCAGAGGGUCGCAGGUUCUGAUCCUACUCGGGAAGAUAAUUAUCGGCUACAAGGGGUCCAGUUGAUUGAUAACGUCCGCAAGGCGCUCCAAUUACCAGUCCGAACUUUCGAUACCGCAGUCGUCUACUACCAUCGAUUCCGUUUGCGGCAUAGAGAGGUUGAAUAUAACUUUCAAGACUCGGCCAUGGCGGCGCUCUUCCUGGCAUGUAAGGUGGAAGACACUAUAAAGAAGUCAAAGGAUAUACUAUGCGCUGCAUAUAAUCUUAAAAAUCCCGACCAUCAAACGACGCCGGAUGAUAAGCUCUUUGAACAGCCAUCCCGAGUCCUAGUCGGGCUAGAGCGUAUGAUUCUUGAAAUCAUCGGCUUCGAUUUCCGAACGCGGUACCCUCAAAAGUACCUCAUCAAGGUCGUUCGCAGUCUGCUUGGUCCUGAGGAGGGCAAGUCCUUCUUGCAAAUAGCCUACGAGAUGUGUAUGGACAUGUACAAGACGUUCGUUCCGAUAAAGCAAACCUGCCUAACCAUGGUCCUGGCCAUUGUUGAGCUCACGUCCCGCGUCACUUGCCAGUACGUGGACGUCGUGGGACAGAUUGACCCAGCUCGCUGGAAUGUCACGCGCCAAAGCGUCAUGGAGACCAUCCUCGACCUACUCGAUCUAUACACCCAGUUUCACAAGUCGACGAAGCUCGGACUACGUUACGAUCUCGCUAGAUUCAUCGAUGUUAAGAUCAAGAUCAAUGCAGAACUGGACGCCAACCCGGACCUUUCGCGACACGAGUUCUCGUGCCAGCCGUGCGCCACGAGAGCCGUAGCCGAAAGCCAAGCGGCGGCAGCGCCGGGCGCCGGGCCCGGCUCUAUCACGGCGCUCACCAUGACUGCCACGUACAACUCACUCAAACCGGGGACCAAGAGCUCGGAUAACACACUGCGCUUCGUCUUUGACCGUGAGGAGGCGAGGCGAGAGGCGGAAAAUGUCUCGGAGUACUUUAAAGAAGACGGGAUCGUGGGCAUGGCCACGGACAUGGCCAUGGCGGACGAGGACGUGGUCGCGGCGGUGGUGGUGGCGGGCGCGGAGGUGGAUGGGGGCCAUAUCCGAGGAACCCACGUAACCAUGGGCAUCCCCAUGAUAGACGAGGCGGGGGAGGUGGAGGAGGAGGCGGCGGUGGUGGUGGUGGUGGUGGAGGAGGUCGCCGAUAUCACUGACAAUGCUGAGUAUUUUAGUUCAUUGGCGAAGCUGCCUGGAGGAACCGAGCGUAUUGUGACGUCGCAUGAUGACGACACUCUGAAAAUGGUGCUUCGAGCAAAAGGAACUCCCGAGUCUCGUCUCGUUGACAAAGACCAGCAUCUCCAAGUCUAG